AUGGCUGGUCCAUCAGGAAUCGACACCAACGGGCUCCAGGUCCAGUCGGAUUCUCGUUACCUCAUCCGCCAACCGCGCGCUCUACAAUGGUUCGAGAACGGGAGGCUGGUAAAACGUCGUGACGAGGAACGCCAAUCAGGUCGCUUUGAACUUUUCCUCGAUUUGCUCUACAUCGCAAUUCUUUCUAAUUUCGCCGAUACACUUACCGAAGACAUUUCCGGUGCAAAGCUCGCCAAGUACAUCCUUACCCUGGCACCAUCAUGGCACGUCUGGAGCGAUCUUCGCGAAGUGAUGAACUCAUUCUACAAUGACGAUCUACUCCAGCGCAUCCUGAUCCUGUGGAUCAUGGCUUUAAUGGUCGUAUACGGGAACAACGCCCCACUAGUCGACGAAGACAUCGGUGCAAUGCGCUCAGCUGUUGGCUCAUACAUGGCUGCUAGGCUCUCACUAACAGUCAUGCAUAUCUACAACUCUUUCGCAAGCUACCAGCACCGCCCACAGCUGCGUCUUUGGGCCGGUCUAUCAGUCGUCACGCUGGCAGUGUACAUCCCGUUAUAUUUCGAAUCUGUUCCUAUGCGUGGUAAGAUUGCUGCGACAGCCGUGGCUGUGGUGUUGGAGGAGAUUGCUUGGGUGUUUUGUUACUCGCCUGCUGCGAAGAAAUUGCUGCGAGUUAAGUAUUCUACUGCUGUUGAUAUCCCACAUGAAGCAGAUCGGUUCGCGGCGUUUUAUAUUAUUGCGCUGGGUGAGUUUUUGUAUUUGAUUAUUGUGGGGAAUCAUGCUGCUAUUGGCUUGAAUGAGCGGCUGUUGAGGGCGAUUUGGACGCUUAUCAUUGCUUUUUGUUUGAACUGGUUGUAUGUUCAUGCUGAUGGGUCUGUUGAUUCGGCUCAUCCGUUGAGGCAUAAUAUUUAUACGGCCUUUGGCUUUGCGAUUGUGCACCUGCCGCUUAUUGCUAGUCUGCUGGCUGGUGGGCAUGUUGCUGCUGCUUCGGUUGAGGAGGAGGAUUUUGAGGAUGCGCAGAGGUGGUUGCUGUGUGGGGGAUUGGGCGUUGGGAUGCUUUGCUUGUAUGCCUUUGCAUUAAUGCAUGGGUCGAAGGAUGAGAGCGGCGCGUUGUGUGUCGAAAAGCCGGUUCGCUUGAUUAUGAGACCGAUCACUGGAAUCAUCGUCAUUUUGCUGCCUCUUGCUCACCAUCUUGGAGCUACCUCUAUUCUUUCCAUCAUAAUGGCACUGUUUGUGCUUUGCACGGUCUGGGAGAGUGUCAGUUCUCUCAAGAGUGGGGCCCAUUUCUGGGAGCCUUGGACAGAGACGGAUUACCCAGAUCACUGCCACAGAGAUGAUUUCAUGGAAGAUGGCAAGACUGCCGCUGCUUAA